AUGGAGAAACAAAGAACACUUUUCCAUUCUCUCAUAAAGCAUUAUCUGCCACUGUCCCUGCCACUGCCAAUUUUACUGACACCUCCACAUGAACAUGAACAUGAACAGAAAUAUCAACAAGAGCAUCAAAAAGAUGAAGAAAUGGGUUCACUGAAAUCGAGGGCAAAGACAUCACCUUCGGCUUCUCCUUACGACAUUGGUGGUAACUCUCCGCCAACAACCAAGGAACCUCUUUCCCUUAAGUUCAUUCAUAAGCCAAGUCGUUCUAAGGAAUUGUUUGAGAAGGCGCAGGAUCCUACUAAGGCCAACUCUCAGUUGAAUAGUAAGCAUGCAUUUGAUUUGCUGCUGCUGCUGCAAUACACUGAAACUGAUGAGAUUAAUACCGAAGAUGACUCGGAGUGUGCCUUAGUGGAAUCCGCGUCAACCGUAGAAUAUGAGAACCCUGAGGAACAUCAUAGACUUAUCCGCAAGAAAUCUGGGGAAGUAUUGAAGCCAUUGCUAAAGGAUACAUCCACUUACUCAUAUUUUAAUAAAAAGAGAACUCAAUCGCUCCCAACCACACCUACUUAUAAGCAGGUUCAUUUUGGUACUGGUAACGAUGUUCGUUAUUUUAAGAAGAAAGACCGGCCAGCCGCUAUUUCUGCAUCUAAUUCUCCAAUGUUAGAAGGUAGCAUGAAAAUUAAUGGUGCUGAGGGUGAUGAAAGUUAUGACGAUGAAGAUGAUAGCCCUUAUGAGUCAGAUUUGGAUUUGGAUUCUGAUUUGCACAUGGAUCUUGAUAAGCAUGGAUCAACAGUAGUUAAAAGACUAAACUCUGUUGACUGGCAUUUGAAAUUGCCCAAUUUCCCUGAAUUGUCGUAUGACGCCAAAAUUUUUGAAAAUAAAAGUAUCGUGUUCCUUGAAAGAUUAUUUAUUAGUAUAGACAAGAAAUUUCUUCUUGGGCAUGUGGCGGUGAAAAACUUGGCUUUUGAAAAGUCCAUUUUGGUCAGGUAUACUUUUGAUCAUUGGUCCACCAUUAUCGAGAUCCCCACAAUAUACGUUCCUGAUAUCCCACAAAUAUUGAAAAAGAAUCACUAUGAUCGUUUUAUUUUCAAGAUACCAUUGAAUAGUUUAUUUAACAGCUUCAGAAUCAGCAACAACAACAACACUAGCAACAAUUCUGAGCCCAACACGAAAUCGUUCCAACUUUGCAUAAAAUACACCACGGACGACACGGAAUUCUGGGACAAUAAUGGCUUUAAAAACUAUGACAUACAUCUUACAAAAAUCGGGUCUAAAAAGGACUCACUGAAGCAGGUCCCUUCUGCAGCGGGUCCUCCACCUACCCAACAAUUGAAAGCACUUCAAACUCAUACCAAACAGCCUAGGUAUUCUUCUUCUUAUCUCAAGAGAAGGUCAUCAGAUUCGACAUUGGAAGUUAAAAACCAUCAUCAUGAGAAAGAAGAGGAAAGCAAACCAGAUGAUGAAGACAAAAACGUUAGCAAUGGAUCGGCAGGCACGACCAAUGUUACUUCGCUUAAUUCGCCAGAUGCAUACUUUAAUUCAGCAUCACCACAAGUAUCAUCACGCAUUUAUGGUACGAAUAAUUCGCCCUUUAAUUACAACUUUGCAUUUUCGAACAACUCAGCGUUAUCUAUUGACAAUAACAAUUAUCAAAUAUCACCUAUUAUCUCUCUCCAGACUGAUACCAAAAAGCCAAAUUUUGACGACAAGUUCAAAUUGAAUGCCGACGGUCCUCCUUCAGCUUUUGAUGAAGGUAGAAGACUUUCUCCGACAGAGGAGUUCAGUAAAUUAAAGGAUAAUAAGUCUGCUAGUGAGCCCCCAUCUCAUCAACCUGUGUCCAAGGUUAACAAUGCAUUGGAUGCUAAAUCAUAUAAAGAGCUAUUGGACACCUAUUGCUUUUUUUCUAAACCUGAUGAAAGUGUUGAUGAAAAUAAAAGUUCUAAGCCACCUUUGACCACCGUAUCAUCUAUUUUAGGGUAUCAGGGAUAA